AGGUUCUUUGAGGUAAUGCAAAUGAAACGCUAAAGCUAUAAGGUGGUGUGGGAUUGGGUUUAAGUUCAAAAUGAAUCCUUGAGAGAUAUUGCUUGGGCAAAGAUGUGAAUUACAAAACCUUUGUUUUAGAGUUCCUGAAUCCGUGCAGGGAACUUGAUCUUUCUUAAAGUACACGGAAGAAGAUUAAAGGUUGAGUUCUCUUGAGGAUUUAGAAUAGAAGCUAUAUAUAGUUGGUAUGUCAUUUGCUAGUGUAGCUCUAUGUCCAGCCCUGGAAGAAAUUAUCAACUUUCCAGGUAUUAUUGGACGGUUUGGUAACGGUUUGAACUUAGACGACCCAAUCCUGAUAUUCCUGAACAUUGCUGAAUCUUUAAACCCUAUGCGGGUCAUGGAGUCAGAUUCUAUUGCAUCAAUGAAGCUAACGAUUCAGAGUAUCAAGGGAUUUUUUGUGAAGAAGCAGAAGAAGCUGCUUGUCCAUGAUGUAGCUCGAAAUAAACUGUUGGAUUUGGUUAUUAGACUCUCUGAUCUCCAAGCCGUUUCUGUUAAGACCUUUGGUGGUAAGGUGGUUGAGCUCUUUGUUGAGAAGAGUAGAAGCGUUGGUUACGUGAAGCAGAAGUUAUCUUUAAAGGAUCAUGAGCUCACAUUAGAUGGUGAAGAGCUAUUUGAUGAUCAAAGACUCAUCACUGAUCUUUGUAAAAGUGGAGAGAAUGUGAUUCACUUGCUAAUUGGAAAGCCUAAAGACUUCUUUGUGGAGCCUCUUGUUGUUAACCAUGAGAUUGAACUGCCUUCACUACUCAAGGAGCUUAUCAGCUCAACUAUAGAAGGCUUGGAGAAAGGAAACAGCCCUAAAAAAUCAUCUGAUGGAUCAGGGGGAGCUUACUUCAUGCAAGACCAAUCCGGACACAAGUAUGUAUCCGUCUUUAAACCAAUAGACGAGGAGCCAAUGGCUGUGAACAACCCACACGGACUACCUCUUUCACUCGACGGAGAGGGACUAAAGAAAGGCACACAAGUUGGUGAAGGAGCUUUUAGAGAAGUAGCAGCUUACAUUUUGGACUAUCCCAUCACCGGACCAAGAACUUUCCCUCAUGACCAACCUGGUUUCUCUGGUGUUCCACCAACAACAAUGGUUAAAUGUUUGCACAAAGACUUCAACCAUCCUAAUGGUUAUAGUUCCUCUCAGGAGGAUACAAAGAUUGGCUCGUUGCAGAUGUUUGUGAGUAACGUUGGAACUUGUGAAGAUAUGGGAUAUGGAGUCUUCCCUGUUGAUCAGGUUCACAAGAUAUCGGUGCUAGACAUGAGGCUUGCUAAUGCAGAUCGUCAUGGUGGUAACAUUUUGGUUAGCCGUGAUGGUAAUGAUGGUCAGAUUGUGCUUACACCAAUCGACCAUGGCUAUUGCUUUCCUAAUAAGUUUGAAGACUGUACAUUCGAGUGGCUAUACUGGCCUCAAGCAAAAGAGCCAUACUCUUCAGAGACUUUGGACUACAUCAAAGCCUUGGACGCUGAGCAAGACAUUGAACUUAUGAGACUCCACGGUUGGGAGAUUCCGUCUUCAUGCGCCCGUGUCUUCCGCAUCUCCACCAUGCUUCUCAAGAAAGGUGCUGAGAAGGGUCUCACACCUUUUGCCAUUGGAAGUAUUAUGUGCAGAGAAACACUUGAGAAAGAAUCUGUGAUUGAACUAAUCAUCUUUGAAGCUGAAGCCAUAGUGUCCCUAGAGAAGACAGAAGAGGAGUUUAUCAGCACUGUCUCUGGUAUUAUGGAUCGCUACCUCGACAAGUACUCUCUGAACUGA